GGUGCCGCCUCCUCCUUCUACUGAGGCCUUGAACGGGACUGUAAGCAUCUCCUUAGACCAAUGGUAUCCUGUCCUUCCCAGAAAUCCUCAUCCACAGCCACAGCUCCAGUCUCCUAUGUAUAGUUCCAGUGCCUCUGUGUCCAGAGAGUGUACCAUCUCUCCUUCACGUGCAAGCGACGAAGAACACGUCUACAGUUUCCCCAACAAGCAGAAGUCUGCAGAACCAUCUCCUACCUUGAUGAGUUCCUCCUUAGGCAAUAACCUGUCAGAACUGGACCGUCUCCUCCUGGAAUUGAAUGCUGUCCAGCACAAUCCCCCACCUGGCAGUCCCACAGAUGAAACUCCUGGAAGCCCCUCGCGGCCUGGUGGGGCCGGGUCUCACUACACCCUUUUGGAGAACACUACCUCUUUGAAUGCACAGCCGACAGCUCCAGUGAAAGACAAGCCCAAGUGGAACGGAGGGCCAGGGAUUGAAGAGGUGUGCCCCAGUGUGGAGAGCCUUCUAGACGAACUAGAGAGCUCCGUGCCCAGUCCAGUACCAGCUAUCACUGUGAAUCAGGGAGAGAUGAAUAAUCCCCAGCGGUUCACCUCCAGCCAGCAACAGACCCGCAUAUCUGCCUCUUCAGCAACCAGAGAGCUGGAUGAGCUCAUGGCUUCACUUUCAGACUUCAAGUUUCCUCCCAUUAAGAUCAAAUCUGUAAUCAGGAAAACAAAAGAGAUCUCCAACGUGCAUCCAAUGUGCCGUGAUCUCUCACCGAGACGCAAGCUGGGCCCAGUCAUCUUCCAUAAAAACGUCUCCCAAGACCGCCUGAUAGAGGAGCUGCAAGACAGGCUGGGCAUCAGCAAAGCAGAGCAGGAGGAAUGGCAGCGAAGCCCGGAAGACUGGCUGACCGAGGGGGUCAUCAUUACCUCCAGGCCUCAGAAGAAGGAGAAAGAUGGUAGUCAACAAAUAGAAAAGGUUAUUAUUCCUGCUACGUCACCUCUCCCUCUGAGAAGAACAAUCUCUGUCCCACCUUCUCCUCCACUGCAGCUUCCUAAAGAUGUCUCAAAGGCAGCCUCUGUCAAAGCCACUCUUGGCUCUUCUCUCCCACCUGCUCCACCACCACCACCUCCCCUGCCCCUGCCCCCAUCGCCCCAUAUCCCUCAGCUGCGGUAUGUGCCAUCUGCCCAUCCGACUCAGCCUCCGCUCCAGUGGGAAAUGCUGUUGGAAGAAGGUCCCACCCAUCAGGCAUCGAUUCCCACACAGCCCAUAGGAACGGUGCCUUCCUCCAAAAUGAUGGUGUCGGUUAGCUGUCAGACAGAGGAAGAUUCCUUCUCCCCACCACAGCAGGUCCCUCCUAUUCCAUCUUUGGACCACGUUCUUGCUACUCGCCCACCCACUCCUGAGAAGUUUAUGUCCCAGGGAAAAGGUGGUGGCAGCUAUCCGUCUUCCACUCCUCCGAAGCCUGGCAGCCAGUUGGACAGCAUGCUUGGAAGCCUCCAGUCUGACUUGAACAAACUUGGGGUAGCAACAGUUGCCAAAGGUGUGUGUGGAGCCUGCAAGAAGCCAAUUGCUGGACAGGUUGUCACAGCAAUGGGGAAGACGUGGCACCCCGAGCAUUUCGUUUGCACCCAUUGUCAGGAGGAGAUCGGGUCCCGGAAUUUCUUUGAGCGUGACAGUCAACCCUACUGUGAGAAGGAUUAUCACAACCUCUUUUCACCUCGCUGCUACUACUGCAAUGGUCCCAUCCUGGAUAAAGUGGUGACAGCCUUGGACAGGACAUGGCACCCAGAACACUUCUUCUGCGCACAAUGUGGAGCAUUCUUUGGCCCUGAAGGCUUCCACGAGAAGGAUGGCAAAGCCUACUGCCGCAAAGAUUACUUCGAUAUGUUUGCUCCCAAGUGUGGUGGUUGUGCCCGUGCCAUCUUGGAAAACUAUAUCUCUGCCUUGAACACCCUCUGGCAUCCUGAGUGUUUUGUUUGCCGGGAAUGCUUUACUCCAUUCAUUAAUGGCAGCUUCUUCGAACAUGACGGGCAACCCUACUGUGAGGUGCACUACCACGAACGCCGUGGCUCGCUCUGCUCUGGCUGCCAGAAGCCCAUCACGGGGCGCUGCAUCACUGCGAUGGCCAAGAAAUUCCACCCAGAACACUUCGUCUGUGCCUUCUGUCUCAAACAGCUCAACAAAGGAACCUUCAAAGAGCAGAAUGACAAGCCCUAUUGUCAGAACUGUUUCCUGAAACUCUUCUGUUAAGGCUCAGUUGACCAUCGGUGAUAUCUCCUGCCAGGAAACCCUGCCUUGUUGUAUAUCCUCCGAGUUCAGUAACUUGAGGCAUGAAUGGGUUGAUGUAGGAGAUGAGGAGGAAAAGGAUUAGCGUGUGUGUAGAUGUGAAUGAGAUGCUCACAGUUGCUCUGUGAAGGUGGAAAAUCCAGAGAAAGAGCAUUGAGGUUGGACCUUCUCCAACCUGCCCCCCCUCAAUUAAUAGGAGAACCACACCUCCCAGAAUUCUGACCCAGAAUUGCUUGGGAAUUCUGGGAGCUCUGGUUCCAAGACAUUGGGAAGAUGCCAAGUUGGAAGAUGUUGAGUCAGAAGUGAUAUUUGAAUGGGAAGAUUACCUUUUUUGUACCUUAAUGACAUCUGAGCCAUGAAGGGAGUUGUUAGGUGAUUUCAGUUUGGUGAUACGGAAUGAGGAUUCUCCCAAAGAACAUAAAGAGGGUGAAAUCUUGUGGAUGCCAUGUUUGGAGGACAUUGGUUGUACAAGAUUUCUACAGUCAUUACGUUCUCCUUCAGUGGUUCACAGAAUGGUGGUCAAAAUGCUAGCAGGUCCCCAUAAAACCUCACUGUUGCAUAAGAUUGACCUUCUCUUUAUCUUUCUUUUCUGAGAUUUUCCAACAAUUGCUGGCGGACCCUGUCUGAAAAUUCCUUGGAAUGCUGGGGUUCUCCAUGGGUUGGGAAAAAAUCCGCUAUUGCAAAUUUCCAGAUGGUGUGAGGUGUCCCAGUCCCUCUGGAGCAAAACUCAUAUAGGCAAGGGUCCAACCUAUUUUGUGGUUGCACCUGAGAGGUAAAACCACACCAACCUUGACUUUUUUGCCUCUUGAUUCUCCUUCUUCUCCAGCCCGUUUCUCAUGCCUGUGAAAGAUGCUCCAGAGAGAUGACCUGAGCAAUAAUGACUUUUUAUAUUGACUUAGCAAUUUCAUAAACCCCUUGGUGUUCUGCUCAGGCCCUUUUUCUCUCCACGGUGUUUUGAUUGUGAGAGAAACGGUCUUUUUGCUAUCAAACUGAAUACUGUGUGUUUGGGUGAGGAAUGCUGGGUUUUUUUACACUGGGUCUUGAAUGCAUAACAAAAAAGCUUUUAAAACUCUUGUAUGGAAAUUUUAGUUUUAUGAACAUUUUUGACAGAUGCUUUUAGUAUCUGAUUGCUCUGGGCAGGGCCCUAGCUGCGUUGGUUCCUGUCUCCAUGAGCUUUGAUGCUUUGUUAAAACCAACUAUUAAUUAUAUAUAUAUAAAAAAGUCUUUUUUAAUCUGGGGGUCAGAGAGGUGGACUCUCCGAGGAGUGUGUUUGUGUAUUUUCUUUUUUGCUUAUUAAGUCAUUUUCUAUUGAUCAGAACUCAACUGGAAUGGAUUUUGUAAACUUACAAACCAUUGUGUUGGGAAGUCAUUCAACUUUCUUUCGCAAAGUUAAGAGCCUUAACUUCCUUUGGCAGAUAGAAAAGCACAAGUGAAAACCCAUUUGGUUCUAAGUUUUAUAGCCUGUUUCCGAUGUUACUUUUGGGGUGUUUUUUUGCAACAUAUAUUUUAGCCUCUGAGGGCUAGACUUUGUUCUUUUUCUUUUGGCCACGCGUGCUCUAAUUCAUCUCUGUAGCGGGAGAUACUGUGGCCGUACGUUGCAUUUGGCCAUGCCGAUGUCAGGUGUCUCUCUGUCGACGGGGAAUCGGGCAGCCAUUCAGAUGGGAAUAAUGGCAGAAAUACACCUUUGGCUGUGGGUCCCAGGCUGAUGGAGGCAGCUCGAGAGGGCCAUAAAUUUGGACCCCUUGGGGUCUUCUUUUAGGAUCAUAGAAUGGAAAACUGAGAAGGGACCUUGGAGAUGAUGUCUCCAACUUCCUGCCUUGUGUGGAAAUCCAUUACUCCAUGGAGAAAUGUUCUGCGUGGGUCCAUGUGGGUCAGGGUGGGUCCAUGUGGGUCAGGUCUUUUAACCAGAUGCUGACAGCAGGGCCUUCCUGGCUGCAUUGACGCAUGGAGCUCUCUGAGCAUUUUAAAGGUUUUUCAAACCCUGGAUUUGGGGAGAAGGCUCUUUUUGCAAUCUGGCGUGUUUUAUCUCGCUUUCCACAUGGGAAAGCCAAUCGAAUGGUUUGGUAGGCUCUCGGUUAGGACGAAAAUGUGCCUUUUUUCUUCUUCUUUUGGGGAGGGAAUAUCCUGUAGCUUUGGCAUGAUAGGCAGUUUUUUCUGUGCUUCAUACCCUUUUUUUUUAAAAAAAAAACCUCUUUUAAGUGCCUCAAAAUGAAGUGGGUCUUGGUUAAAGCUUCAGCUGUUCUGCUCAGGAGGAGAAGGGGAGUUUUCCUGUGGAAUUAUAUUUCUCUCCCCCUCUCCGUUUUCCAUAUUCAUUUUUAAAUAUGUUGCCCCUUCCCCUUUCUUAAAGUUCCUGUGAUGAUGCUAAUAAAAAAUUUGAGACAGG